AUUCUGCCAAUUGUGUGUUUGAUGUGCUUUGUGAAAUAAACAAUUGCAUCUCAGCUUGAAUUUAAGUAAUUAAUUAGAAUUGUGUGAAUUCGUGAUCUUCUCUGUUUGUGCAACAUGUCUGUGCUGUUGGCAGACAUCGAUGCCACUUGCGCCGCACUUGGCGUCAGCGAUGGAAGUCGUUACCAAGCAGAGCCCGAUGCUGCCGAGGGAUUGAAGCAUCUCAUUUGGAUCCUGCGUCGUGAUCUGGACAAUCAUGAGUAUCGUCGACACUUAGGACGCGCCAAGGUGCUGCAAACCGAUUUGGUUUACAUGCUGCCCGACUAUGUGCAACAUGAGGAACUAUCAGAUUUACUUAUUCGCCUGCUGGUCAUAUUGACGAAUCCAACGCUGUUGCUGUAUCGCGAUGGACCGCCCAAUGAUAAUCAUGGUCGUAAGGUAUUCAUGGAACUGAUCGACAUACUGCAGGGUUAUAAAGCAGCCUUUACUAGGGAUAAAAUCUGGACAGCAUUGUUUGAGAAACUAAAGCAGGCGUUGGAAAUUGCUUUUGCCAUACGCAGCGAGGAGCAGAAUUUACUGAUUGAACGUAUUCUCGUCCUGGUCCGCAAUGUUCUUCAAGUGCCUGCCAAUCCGGAGGCCGAGUGUCGAGCUGACAACGAUGCCAGUCUCCACGAUCAGGUUAUUUGGGCACUCCAUCAAACUGGCAUUCUCGAUCUGGUCUUGUUCAUUGUUUCCUCGCCGGAUGAGGCACAAUUUCAUUUGCAUGGACUGGAAAUCAUUUGUCUGCUAUAUCGUGAACAGAAUGCCGAAUCCCUGGCGGAUGCUUCACUGCAGCGCAGUCUAAGCGAGAAGCAACGUGAUCAGCAGGAGCUGCUAGCAGCACGUCGUAGGGAGCACGCUCGUCGCCAGGCUCGUCCUCCCUCCGGUCGCCAUUCCCGCUUUGGCGGCACCUACGUUAUGCGAAAUAUGAAAUCUGUGUCGGAUCGAGACAUCAUCUGUCAUCAGGCAUUGCAGCGUGUGUCCGCCAUGGACUUCGAUCGCGAGAAGCAGGCACAGAAGCGUUCGCAUCGUCACAUCAAGGAGCAGGCGCAGGUGACACGUCGUAGCGCAUUUACCGUAAGAUUGUGCCUGCGCGAAUAUUGCAUUGAGGUGCUGCGCUCCGCUUACAACACGCUCGUGCGGCAGGUGCGGCGUGUGCUGGAACGCAACGCUGGCUCGUCGAGUCACGAUGACUCCUAUCUAUUGUGGGCCAUACGAUUUUUCAUGGAGUUCAAUCGUUUGAGUGGUCUACAAUUGCAGCUAGUCAGCGAGUCACUAAGCGUGCAAUGUUUCCACUGGGUUCUGACGCGCAUGCAGCAUGACAUGGACAUGAUUCAGAGCGACAAGAAACAGGCGCGUCUCUGGGCCAAGCGCCUGCAUGUGGCUCUUCUGACAUUCCGCGAAUUGCUGCAGAGCUUGCUGGGACUGCAGAAGCUGAAGGAUGAUGACAACGCGCGUGGCCUCUUUGAUAUGUUAUUGAACAAUGUCUGCUAUGUGCUGGAGUAUCGAGAGACAAUACUGCAUUUGUUAAUGAACUACAAUGAGGCCCACAGCACAAAAGUUUUUCUACGGGAUGUUGUGGAAACGGCAAAUGUUUUCAUUAAAAUGAUGGAACGCUUCUGUCAGGAUGCAGUUGUCGUACAGGACAAGCGUCGAACUGGCGGUGGCAAACGCAAGAAGCAACCUCCGGCGUCCAAGUCGAAGCCGCCACAGCCAACGGAGGAAGAGCUGUCAAGCAAAUGGGCCGAAAUGGCUUCAGAGGUAAGCAUGCUCUUGGCAACAGAAUUGCAAUUGCCGGAACAUGAACAACCUUUGCCAUUUGAUGCUGCUUCGGAGAAGUCCAUUGAUGAUCAACGCGAGGAUUGUAUGAUGCGUAUAAAUAAAUUCUUACGUACCGGAAAGUUGGAGCAUGGAAUUGCCUUGCUGCGAUCUGCCAGAGAAGUCUGGCCAGAGGACGAUGUAUUUGGUUCAAUUACCGCUGCACCUGAAGAUGAAUUGCUGCUUUUGCGUGAGAUUUUCGUGCACAACAUUACAACAGUUGAUGCCGCAGACGAGCCGAUUGCAGAUGACAACGCGAAUGAUGACCAGGAUGGUGAUGAGGAUGAGGCCAAUGAGGAGUAUGAAGAGCGAGAUAAUGGACUGACAGAGAAAACGUUUAAAUUUGAGGAUUUUGCUCGCAGAUUGCUGCAUCCAAAAAUUGUGCGGGCCUGCACUCUGGUGCUGACUGACUGGACGCAGAUACCGACAAAGGCGCUAAAAGCGGCUGUUACCAUCCUGCAUCGCAUUGCCUACGGGUUGAGCUGCCCCGGCAUGCUCUAUCAGGCCAAGCUGUUUCGCAUCUUUCAACAAGUCUUCAGCGUUGAACGUGACACCCAUCAGGAGGAGUUGCGUCGUUUGGGCAUCUAUGUGCUGCGCAAAUUUGUCGAAGUAGCACCAACUAAUCCAAAAAUCUAUGCAGAGUUAUUAUUUUACAAAGGCAUCCGGGAGGCGAAUGAGCUGGAGACUGGCUAUUGUGAUGUCUACGAAACCGGCACGAAAGGCGCCUGGACCGAGGAACAAGAGGUGGAGUUACGUUUCCUUUUCGAAGAGAAUCAGCGGAAUCCAGAAACCGAUAAGGAUGUGAUUGAUUGGAUUCUGGACAAUUUGGUAGACAAGACACGCACUCGACGCGGCAUACUGAAGAAGCUGAAGGACAUGGACAUACACUUCAAGGCGCCAACGAAGCGCUCCACCAAAGCCGCGCUGGGCGGCAAAAACCUUUGGCAGCCGGAAGAGGACGAGGAGCUAAGCAGCUUAUACGAUCAGCAUCGCUUGGAGCCAGACUGUCUGCAGCGCAUUGUGGCGGAGUUCGGAGAGCGUCGCAAUAAGCAACAGAUCAUCAAGCGCAUGCUUCAAAUUCAUUUGAUAGCAGACAAAUCCGAGAUUAUACCUGUCAAGGAGAAAAAGAGCAAGGGAAAGUCCAAAAAUCAACAGCAGAGCGAUAACGAAAGCGGUGGUGAAGAUUAUAUGGAAGAACCGAUGUUCGAGAAUGCAAUCUCUAAACCAAAAAAAGUUGCCAAAGCCAAGCCACGCCAGAUCGUGCGCACUCCUCUGGAUAUAGGCACAGUACGUGCCUUAAUAUCACAGGUGGACAUGGAAAAGUAUCAACUGGCCAUUGACUGGUUAAAGGAGAGCCUAGAGGAAGCCAGCGAGGACAUCGAGGAGGCUGCCGAAGAUGAGGAUGGCGUGCCGCUUUUGCCGCUGCAGGAAGUGCAAAAGGAGGCCAUGGAACAGAGUGAGUUCCAAAAGAUGCUUGUUGCGUUGGGCUUGCAGCCGCCCAUUGUAGGCAUGGAAAAUUAUUGGCGUAUUCCAAUCUAUCUGAAUGCGGCGGAUUUGAAGCUACGUGCCAAAAUCGUAGGUGGAGAGGAAGUCGAAGAAGACAAUGAAAGCGAAGAGGAGGAAGAGCCGUCGCCGGUUGGCAACACAGAUGAAGAGGACGAAGAGGAGGAGGAUUAUCUGGACAAGUGCAGCAGGCAGCGAAAGCAGGCAACAACCGGCAAUAUAACGGCUGAACAGCAGCGUAAACUGGAAAGCAUCAUGUAUAGCAAAAGCGAUGAUGAGGUGGAACAUCGCGAGCCGCUUUCUAAAGCCAGCGUCAGCAAGGACAAGGGAAAACGUCAGCGUAAGACUAAGGCUAAGCAACAACAAAAGGACUCGGACGAUGACGAGGAAGUAAAUGAAAUAGCCCGCAAAUUGGCACGCAAGAAGCGGCGGCCUGAUGUGUCCAGUGAGGAUGAACCCGAACCGGAGGAGGAGCAGGAACAGUCUGGCAAGCCCAAUACGGAUGAUUUAUUUGAACAAUUGAAAGCUAAACGCGCCACUAAAAUCCAAUUGAGCGAUAUGGUUUUGAGUGAGUCUGCCAGAGCUGAGUCUGAUGCUGCCGCUGCCGAGGAUGAGGAGGACGAUGAUGCAUUUAACUUCAACUCGGAAGACUAUCGGGCACGAUUGCUAGAGCUGGAGGAGGAAGAAGAGAAGGAGCAGGAACAGAGAGAAAAAGAAUCGGUGGUGCUGUCGGAUCAUGACAAAGAGAAUGCCAUAUUGCAGGCAAAUAACACAAUCAAGACAUCGUCGUUGUCGUCGUCGUCGUCCUUGCAGCGCACACGUCGUGCUAAUGUAAUUGACUCGGAUAGCGACAACGAUGAUGCUGGCGCCAUGCCCCCCAACAAGGCAAACAAACGCCCACGCAGUGACAAUGAGCAAGAUGGCCAACGGGAUGAGGCAGAUACAGACGAUGAGGAUAUCAACUUUCUGGCACGCAAAAAGCCAGCCAGCUCAGAGCCAGCCAAGCGGCGUCGUGUGGCCAUCAUCGAUGAUGAUGACGACGACGAUGAUUUCUAGCUUAUAAUUUAGUUACUGCUUUAAUUUUGAUGCUGCUGCUUCUAGUAAUUGUCAAUUAACAUAGGGAGUAGAACUAAUUGAAAUUUUAUUGUAACUAUCAGCCAACUUUGUGUUUAAUAUCAAUGUCAAACAAUUGGAGAAUAAAUAAAGUCUCACACAACUCUUCGUAGU